UCGUCAAUCACCCCAAGGAUCAGGGCAUUUUUCCCCCUCUAAAGUCCUUCCACAUUCCACCCACUCCGUUUCACACACCCCCCUCCUUCCAAUCUUAAUUCCUUUGUCACUUCGACAUUCGUCCCCUUUAGACUCGACAAGAUGAGAGAAGUUAUUAGUUUGAACGUUGGUCAGGCUGGUUGCCAGAUCGCCAAUUCUUGCUGGGAGCUCUACUGCCUUGAGCACGGCAUCCAGCCCGAUGGUUACCUGACCGAGGAACGCAAGAAGGAAGACCCUGACCAUGGUUUCAGCACUUUCUUCUCCGAAACUGGUCAGGGCAAGUAUGUUCCUCGUACCAUCUACGCCGAUCUGGAACCCAAUGUUGUCGAUGAGGUCCGCACUGGCACCUACCGUACCCUUUUCCACCCCGAGAACAUGAUCACCGGCAAGGAGGAUGCCUCAAACAACUAUGCCCGUGGUCACUACACCGUUGGCAAGGAGAUGAUCGACCAGGUCCUCGAUAAGGUUCGCCGUGUGGCCGACAACUGCGCUGGUCUCCAGGGCUUCCUCGUCUUCCACUCCUUCGGUGGUGGUACUGGUUCCGGUUUCGGUGCUCUCCUGAUGGAGCGUCUCUCCGUGGACUACGGCAAGAAGUCCAAGCUGGAGUUCUGCGUCUACCCUGCCCCCCAGAACGCCACCUCCGUUGUUGAGCCCUACAACUCCAUCCUGACUACCCACACCACCCUUGAGCACUCCGACUGCAGUUUCAUGGUUGACAACGAAGCCAUCUACGACAUCUGCCGCCGCAACCUUGGCAUCGAGCGCCCCAGCUAUGAGAACCUGAACCGCCUGAUUGCUCAGGUUGUCUCCUCCAUCACCGCCUCCCUGCGUUUCGAUGGUUCCCUGAACGUGGAUCUCAACGAGUUCCAGACCAACCUGGUCCCCUACCCCCGUAUUCACUUCCCUCUCGUUGCCUACGCUCCCGUCAUCUCCGCGGCCAAGGCCUCCCACGAGGCCAACUCCGUCAACGAGAUCACCAUGUCUUGCUUCGAGCCCAACAACCAGAUGGUCAAGUGUGAUCCCCGCAAUGGCAAGUACAUGGCUACCUGCUUGCUCUACCGUGGUGAUGUUGUGCCCAAGGAGACCCACGCCGCCGUUGCUACCCUCAAGACCAAGCGUACCAUCCAGUUCGUUGACUGGUGCCCUACUGGCUUCAAGAUCGGUAUCUGCUACCAGCCCCCUAAGCAGGUUCCUAACGGUGACCUUGCCAACCUCAGCCGUGCUGUCUGCAUGCUGUCCAACACCACCGCUAUCUCCGAGGCCUGGUCCGCUCUCGACCACAAGUUCGACCUCAUGUACUCCAAGCGUGCUUUCGUUCACUGGUACGUUGGUGAGGGUAUGGAGGAAGGUGAAUUCUCUGAGGCCCGUGAGGACUUGGCUGCCCUCGAGCGUGAUUACGAGGAGGUCGCCAGCGACUCGCUGGAGGAAGAGGUUGAGGCUGAGUACUAAGUCUAAAACACCGCUCGGUCAGCAUUCCGACCAUGGUUGCGCUCAACCAUGUUUUCGGACGCUGAUAGCGAUUGUUUCCGAGUUGUAGUGCUGGGGACAGGUGUUGGCCAAGGUUAAGUGAUUGAACCGCCUGCAAAUAAGAGAGAAGCUUGGAUUAGCACAGACUUUGUUUUCUUUGUCUGAUAUAUUUUUAAUAUCCCUGAAAUAGCGAUGAAUUUACCGCUCCUUCCACAU